AUGAAUCCAAUUUAUUUGGUCAACCUGGGACUCGGUACGUGCGACGAAGACCCGGGGAAGCUUAUCGGGAAGAAUGUCUUAUCCCUACUGUGAAAUUUGGAGGAGGCAGUAUCAUGAUUUGGGGGUGCAUGUCUGCCAGUGGCGUCGGCGAAGUUUUUUUAUGCGAGGGCCGUAUGACCUCUAGGCGGUAUUUGGACAUGCUUGAGGAGGUUUUGGAGCCUUCCAUUUUACAGUUAGUGGAUACCGAGCAAGGGAAUUAUUUUUUUCAACAAGAUAAUGCCCCCUGCCACAAAUCCCGCGAAGCGAUGCGUUGGUUUGAAGAGAAUGGGGUUAACCUGUUAUCGUGGCCGCCCCAGUCCCCAGAUCUCUCACCAAUUGAAAAUUUAUGGCACAUUGUAAAGAGUAAGAUUGCACAACAUCACUGCGCUUCAAAAACUGCGCUAAAAGAAAAAAUUGUUGAAGAAUGGAACGCAAUUCCUGCAGCUACCUGUCUGAAAUUAGUGUCUAGUAUGCCACGAAGAGUGAAAUUAGUAAUAAAAGCUGGAGGGGGCUCCAUAAAAUAUUAAUAAAAU